CGAAAUCCGCUCUUUUUCACGACAUACUAUCACUUAACCUGCUGGACAUGCAGAGUAACGAGGAGCGCAAGAGGAGGACAUUUUACACCUGCGGUUGCUUUUACACAGACAAUAUUUUCCUGGAAGAAUACAAGCUGCACGUCCGAUUCACUUCAGAGAUUCAGUUCAGGCAAGAUUAUCAAUCGAUACUGAGAACACUUGGCUGUACAACUGAUGUGCAACUUGGGAAUGUACUGAACAAGAUUGAAGCAGAAGUCGGAAGGCGUCGACAACUUUGCGUGAAAUCGGCUGAAAGAGCUGCCUGGAUAAAGGAACUUUAUAAACCGCUUCACAGUCAUGUGUACUCCUUACAGGAAUCUUUCUUGGCCCCUGAAUUUCUGGAAAUUGUGAAAUACUCUUGUUCAGAUGGGGCUACCAAAGAGGGCCUCUUUGAUUACAUUGAGCCACUUGCAGCACAAAGAGUGUAUCGCUUCCCGGUAUUCCGUAAGGAAUUCUGCAGAGAACUGAUUGAAGAAUUGGAGCAUUUCGAGCAGUCUGAGGCACCCAAAGGCAGACCCAACACUAUGAACAACUAUGGGGUCCUACUGAAUGAACUUGGAUUUGAUGAGCAAUUCUUGACUCCUCUCCGUGAAAAGUACCUCCAGCCUAUCUCACAGCUCCUUUUUCCUGAUUGCGGAGGACAUUGUCUGGAUAGUCACAAGGCUUUUGUGGUGAAGUAUGCCAUGCAAGAGGACCUGGACCUCAGCUACCACUAUGACAAUGCUGAGGUGACACUCAACGUCUCUUUGGGCAAAGAAUUCACUGAAGGAAAUCUUUACUUUGGAGACAUGAGAGAGGUUCCUCUGAGUGAGUCAGAAUGCGUGGAAGUGGAGCACCAUGUGGCGGAAGGACUGCUGCACCGAGGUCAACAGAUGCACGGUGCCCUGCGCAUCUCCUCUGGCCAGCGCUGGAACCUCAUAAUGUGGAUGCGGGCGUCUCAGGAGCGCAACAAGCUGUGCCCCAUGUGCGGACAGAGACCACGUCUUGUCCACGCAGAGGGUUUUGCAGAUGGCUUCACUGAUAGCUCAUCAACUGAUGAUGCUCAAAAAGCCUCUUGUGUUUUACAUUAGUUCUGGAGAAAUUAACUGAACAUGCUUCACCAACAAGAAAGAAAAAAUGACACUUUUAAUCUAAAUACAGCACAGAGUGCUUGGAAAAGCCUCCUAAUGCCAUAGAGCAGAAGAUUUGGUGGAGGCUGCCAGGAGUAGUUCAUUAUAAUAUGAAAUGUGUGUGCUCUAAUACUGGAUCUUCUUGUUUUGAAGUGUCUGCUUUCUUCUUCAGAGCCAGAAAAGCUGUUUCUUUGGCAAAUAUUUCAUAGGAACAUUACUGUGUUACAAAUUCAUGUCUUUACUGAACGCAUCAUUAUAGCUUGUGUAAGAAAUUUUCAGUUGGAUUAAAAGUGACACCUGUAAAAUAUGUUGGGCAAUGUUGACUGUACCCAGUUUUUGAAGCAAGAAGCUAUUGGUUCACAGAAUCUUAACAUCUCUUUCAACACCCAGUCGCUACCCGAAACAGAUAUUUGGAAAGCUGAUGUUUGAAAACUAUGUUGAGUUAAAUAAGGACUUAUAGAAGAAGCGAUGUUUUGUAUUAUAUACAUCUGGUGUGGUAUUUUUGAACUGGCUCUCUGAAAAAAGGAAUAAAAAAUAAUAA